CUUAGAAAGGUAUCCCCCCCCAACCCCCACACACCUGUCGAUCUGUCGUCCCGGGACCGUUCCCCAACCCCGCAGCGGGACUGCCGGGCCCGCAUCCGACUCGGGACCCAGCGUGACGGGAGAGGCGCGGACAUUUUAACAAAUAGAUCAUGGCAACAAUAGAAGAAAUUGCACAUCAGAUUAUUGAACAACAGAUGGGUGAGAUCGUUACAGAGCAGCAAACUGGGCAGAAAAUCCAGAUCGUGACCUCCCUUGAUCAUAAUACACAAGGCAAGCAGUUCAUUCUGACCAACCAUGACUGUUCUACUCCAAGCAAGGUCAUUCUGGCCAGACAGGAUUCUACUCCUGGAAAAGUUUUCCUCACAACUCCAGAUGCAGGAGGUGUGAACCAGUUGUUUUUUACAACUCCUGAUCUGUCUACACCCCAGCUCCAGUUCCUAACAGAUAAUUCUUCUCCAGACCAAGGACCAAAUAAGACUUUUGAGCUUUGUGUAGUAUGUGGAGACAGAGCAUCAGGGCGUCAUUAUGGGGCAGUAACUUGUGAAGGCUGCAAAGGAUUUUUUAAAAGAAGCAUUCGAAAAAAUUUAGUGUAUUCAUGUCGAGGAUCAAAGGACUGUGUCAUUAAUAAACACCAUCGAAACCGCUGUCAGUACUGCCGAUUACAGAGAUGCAUUGCAUUUGGAAUGAGACAAGACUCUGUUCAGUGUGAAAGAAAACCCAUUGAAAUGUCACGAGAGAAGUCUUCUAAUUGUGCUGCUUCAACAGAAAAAAUCUACAUCCGCAAAGACCUUAGAAGCCCAUUAACUUCAACUCCAACUUUUGUAACAGAUAGUGAAACAGCAAGGUCAACAGGACUAUUAGAUUCAGGAAUGUUUGUGAAUCUUCAUCAGUCUGGAGUAAAAGAUGAGUCAGCUGUGCUGAUGACACCAAUUAAGGCUGAAUCAUGCCAGGGAGAUUUGAGUACAUUGGCUAGUGUAGUCACAUCACUAGCAAAUCUUGGAAAAGCCAAAGAAGUUUCUCGAGAUAGUAAUGAAAUGCCUGUGAUGGAAAGCUUAAGCAAUGAAGAUGCAUCUCUAUGUGAAUUUAAUCAGGAAGUACAGACCAAUGGCGAUGUUUCAAGGGCAUUUGACACUCUUGCAAAAGCAUUGAAUCCUGGAGAGAGCACAGCCUGUCAGAGCUCAGAAGAGGGUGUGGAAGGAAACAUACACCUAGUUGCUGGAGAUUCCAGCAUAAACUACAUCGAAAAAGAGGGGCCACUUCUCAGCGAUUCACAUGUAGCUUUCAGGCUCACCAUGCCUUCUCCUAUGCCUGAGUACCUGAAUGUGCACUACAUUGGGGAGUCUGCCUCCAGACUGCUGUUCUUAUCAAUGCACUGGGCACUUUCGAUUCCUUCUUUCCAGGCACUAGGUCAAGAAAACAGCAUAUCUCUGGUAAAAGCUUAUUGGAAUGAACUUUUUACUCUUGGUCUUGCCCAGUGCUGGCAAGUGAUGAAUGUUGCAACUAUCCUGGCAACAUUUGUCAAUUGUCUUCAUAGCAGUCUUCAACAAGAUAAAAUGUCACCAGAAAGGAGAAAAUUAUUGAUGGAGCACAUCUUCAAACUGCAAGAGUUUUGUAAUAGCAUGGUUAAACUCUGCAUUGAUGGAUAUGAAUAUGCCUACCUGAAGGCAAUUGUACUCUUCAGCCCAGAUCAUCCAGGCCUAGUAAACAUGGAACAGAUUGAGAAAUUUCAGGAAAAGGCUUAUGUGGAAUUCCAAGACUAUAUAACCAGAACAUAUCCAGAUGACACGUACAGGCUAUCCCGAUUGCUUCUCAGAUUGCCAGCUCUGAGACUGAUGAAUGCUACUAUCACAGAAGAACUAUUUUUCAAAGGUCUGAUUGGGAAUGUACGAAUUGACAGUGUCAUCCCACAUAUUUUAAAAAUGGAGCCCGCAGAUUACAACUCUCAAAUCAUUGGUCACAGCACUUGAAAGCUGCAGUCGCAGUUGUUAUAAACUUACUGUUCCUUCUUGGAGCACAAGACCACACCAAAUCAAACUCAUUUUUUCCAGGCCGUCUGGAAAUUGUGACUUUUUAAAGUAACCAAAAUCCAAGGUAUUUUUACUUGGGCUUCCUGAGAAAGAAUGUUUGACAUGACUGGUAGCCAGACAGAAUUAGAUUUCCCUUUCUGUUUUGUGCAAAUGAGUAAAAAAAUACUGUGGUUCUAUUUGUGGUGAUGAUCACACGAGAAACUCAUUUCUUUACCAUCCAAACUAUGAUCUCUCAUUCUAUUUUAUUUGAUAAAAUAAAUUGUCUGGGUUUUUCCUGAAUUGUGUUCUACUCAUAUGUAACACCAUUAUGAACUAGUACUCUUAGUAGUCAAAUAUUCCUAGGGAUGAACUUCCCUUUUACUCUUCCAAAUGUAAUUGUUUUUACUACCAGGUUGAAGGUAUUUUAUUACCAUUUUAUGCUCAGUGGUAUAAUGAUAAUGUUAGAACUAUAGGAAAUAAUAAUAAUUGAAUAUAUAUUUUUUGGCUUUUGUAAAUAUCAAGAUGUCCUUUAGCAUAUAUCACUCUCGUUGCUGGCAAUGAGACCUAGGUCAUAGAUUUUUAGUGUUGUAUGAUAUUAGUUACAAGCACUUUCUAUAUAUGUGGUUUUGAGAAUAAGAUGAGGUUCUUGGUUAACCCAUAUUUGGUUUACUUCUGUUUUAAACAUACUAGAGACUGAGCCCAAAAUGUUUUCAAUAUCUUAAGCUAGGUAUUAAAAUUGUUCUUCCAUUCCACAAUAAGCACCCCACCUUGCCCUCCUCUCUGAGAUGUACAAAGUCUUGGCUUUUCCCUGGGUUUUUAGCCAACUCUGUUAGAUCAUUAGAAAAACAAAGCAGUUGAUCACUUAAAGAAUCUGUACCUGUUUUUCACUAGAAAGUAGGGUUCUGCAGUACCACUAGUAUGAGGACCAGCAAAGCCUGUCACUGCCACGGCAGCUGCAUUGGUACACUCCACAGAUGCCAUUACCCAUGUCACAGGCAGAUCUCUUACCAUUCAGUAUUUCUUUGCUCUGAUCUCGUGAUGAAUUAUUUAAGUACAUCUAUUGUUUGAUUUUUUACAAAACCAAAUAGGUUUUCUUGCAGUUACAGUACAUUUUUUUAUAAAGAUUUUUACAACAGACAAGAAGAACUUUGGGGUGAGGGUAAAUUUUGCUAAUAACUAACUUACAGUAGUGAAAAGUUUAAAAAUACUAUCUUUGCCAACUCAUUAAAGGAAAUUUCUCCCUACUGAAAUCAUGAUGUUUUGUUUUCAACAGCUUUAUAAUUAUCAUCUGGGAAAAAUCUGCACUAAACAAAAUGCUCAUGUGGAAAAAAAAUCAGUAGUUUAUACCUUUAUAAAUACAAGAGAGUAAGCCAAGGAUUUAAAAAAUAAACUAAAAAAGCAAUGUACUAAUGGUUAAUUAAGAGACUUUUGGGUAUUUUUCCCCCUGAUUAAAUUUGUAGCUACAUUUGGAAUUGUUUUUAAAACUAUAUUAAAAGUGACUUGAAUUACCA